AUACAAAUUAAAACGUUGAUAAGAUAUAAUUCUUCAAGAAAAUGUUUGUAUUGGUGAAGAGAGAGGGCGCAGGGCGGCGGGUGACGGAGGACAACCGCCCUGAGUGAUGACAUGAAACACGUCAAGGUUCACCUUCUCUCACUCAAAUAGUAUUCUUGUGCGUAGUGCUCCUACACAACUACAAGCAAGAAUGAAGUGGUUUGAAGGAAGCAUUCCUGAGGCCAUUGGUGCUGCAAAAUCACGCAAUGCCAUUUUUGUGGUCUAUGUACAUGAUUCUUCAGAAGCUUCCAAGAGCACAGAUGAAGCAUUAGGACAAAAGGACAUAUCUUCUGUACUAGGUUCUGACAAGUUUGUAGCAAUUCAGUUAGAAAAUGGAACUGAAGGUGCUAAGCAAUUCUCACAGAUCUAUCCAUUAGUGUUGGUUCCAUCCUUAUUUUUUAUUAGUGGCCAAACAGGAAUACCCCUCGAGGUGCUCGGAGGGCCACUUAAUGUAGAAAAUUUGCGUCACAAACUUGACAGCCUGGUUCCAAGCCUUGAACAGGCUGCUGCAGCCAGUCAAGAUGGUAGCAGCCAGGAUACCUCUUCAUGUGAAGUUUCUCAAUCUAUCAUUAGUAGUGAUCUAAAAGAGGAACAUCAGGAUGAGUUGCAAGCAGCAGGUGGAAUGCUUGAGAAUUCUGUGAAUACACCCACAGGAGAGCCAGGCUUGCCAUCAGUGAGUGAAAAUGAGGCCUUAGUUGAGAGCAACGAUACUAAUGAAAAUGUUCAGUCAGCUGAAGAUAUUGGUGCUACAGGGUUUGAGAAUGGCAGUUCUAGUGAAACUUCUACAGAACAGUCUAUAGAGGAGAAAGUGGAAAGAGCUAAGUUCAUACUAGCACAGAAGCAGGCUAAAUUGGCACAGGAGAAAGCUGAUGAUGAAAAACGGAAAGAAAUUGAACGAAGGAAAAUGGGUCAAGAAAUAGCUAAGAAGAAACAAGAACAAGAAGAUGAAAUGCUCAGAGCAUCAGUAAGAGAGAGGAAGAAGGAUAAAGAAGAGGAGAGAUUAGCACGGGAAAGAGUUAAAGCUCAGAUUGCUGCGGAUAGAGCAGAGCGUGAAGCUCGUGCUGCCUUGUUGCAUGGUGAACAGCCUUCAAGUCAAGGCUCAAUUCCAGUUUCUAAUGCUUCGUCAUCUUCACCUUCCUCAUCUUCCGCUUCAAAUAGUAACAUUUCUAGACUGAAGUUUCGCCUGCCUGAUGGCUCUUCAAGUAUAGCACAGUUUCCAGCAGAAGCCACUUUAUCCGAGGUGCUGCUGCAUAUCCAGCAGAACGUCCAGCUCCCAUUUUCUAGUUUCAGCCUAGGAUCCACAGUUCAUUCGGGACCUUUCACUCCCGAAGACUAUAAUUCCUCACUCAGAGAUCUAGGGCUGGUUCCUUCGGCAAUUAUGGUAGUCUUGCCUACCAGCUCUAGAGGAAGUGGUACAUUAGCACCAAGUGGUGGAAUAUGGGACUUAUUGUGGAUUUUGCUAUCUCCCAUUACUUUCUUAUUUGGAAUAGUCAGUCAGUUCCUCAAUGGCAGAGAACCACGUACACCCCCACCCUCUCCAGAUGAACCAGAAGCCAAGCGGUCCAGAGAAGAUAGCUCUGGCAGCAAUCAGCAACGGCCAACAACAGCUUACAGAAGGCGUGGAGACACGAGAUUGCGGCAAGAAGGGAACAUUCAUCGUCUUGGAAAUGAUGAUGAUGAUGAUGAUGAAAAUAAUACCUGGAAUGGUAACUCAACUCAGCAGAUGUGAAAGCUAAAGGGCAACAAAUGUGACCAGUAGAAUAAAGGCAAAAUUCAUAAUGGCAACACACUUAUUCUGGUGAUGUAUUUAAUAUUUAGAAAAUAUAUUAUUGUUAAAGUGCCCAUUUACAGCAAGCAGCUCCUGGUGAUAUUUUUGGGUUUAAUAUUUUGUUAAUAUGAACUUUAACUGGAUCAAAAGGUUUAGAUUUUCUUGAAAAUUAAUUAGUACAGGUACUGUAUUUAAAAAAAAAUAGUGAUGAUUUAUCCAAAAAUGCAUUUUGGUCAAUAUUUCAGUUUUGUUCUGAGAAUGUUGUUACUAACAUGUCUUAAAACCUUGUAAGGUAAAUUAAGCUCUUGUAAAUUUAGAACUUGUACAAUAAAUAUGCAUGCAUACACAUGUACAAUGUUGUGUUCGUAUUAUGUACACACACACACACAUGCAUGGUUGAGUGUGAUUAUGCCAUGCAUGUGCACACAGAUGAGUGUGCUCAUGCCUUGUAUGCAUGUGCACACAGUUGAGUGUGUUCAUGCCAUGCACUUACACACACAGUCGAACAUGUUCAUGCCAUGCACGUACACACACAAUGAGUGUGUUCAUGCCAUGCACAUACACACAAUGAGCGUGUUCAUGCCAUACACGUACACACACACUGAGCGUAUUUAUGCCAUCUUUAAUCAGGAACAUAGUUUUUUGUUAUGGAUGACAGACAUUUUGUAUAGAACAACAUUCUUAUUUAUUAAUCUAUAUAUACAGUAUAUUCAACAAUUAUUUUCAUGAUGCUUUGAAGUGUUAAAAAAUGGGUGAUGGAGUUUGUAUCUGAGAAUAUAUUAUCAUAAUAGACUAUCCUUUAAGAAUUUGAGUUUUGUAGAAUAUUUUUCAUAGUUUUUGUUUGUGUGUCAAAUUUUAAAUAGCAUUUAUUUUGACUACUUGUUUUCCAAAUUUACGAUCAUUUCAUAGGUUUUUGAAUUUUUCUUGACAUUAUUAAAUAUGAGACAUCUAUCUUAAAAAUUUGAUAUGAAAUGUGGUGUUAUUUAAAAAUUACAGUAUUCUGUAAACUUUGAACCAUUUUAUAUAACCUCUUAAAGAGAGAGUAUAAGAAAGAAUCAAUGAAUAAUUUUGUAGAGGUGUGCAUGUAUCUAUACAGUACAGUACCUGUGUUUGCGCAUUUCAGAAUUUCAAGCAUGCGGUUGAAAAAUAUCUUCACAGCAACACACACAACCCAAAACUCAAAAUUAGAAUCCCUUGCUCUUGUCUGUUAUAUAACCAAUGGUUCUGUUAAGCUUUACUGUGUUCCAACCUAAGUUUCCAUGUUUAAACAAAAUAUUCAAGAUGCACUAGAUGUUGCUUAUUUCAGUAUGCCAUACUUAAUAUUUAUUACUCGAUGUAUCUGCUCAUAUUUUUUAUAUCCUUUAUUCCACAAUACAUUUUUUUUAACUUAAUAUCAUCACAUAAAUAUGUUGUACAGAACUGUACUCGGAAAUGAACAAAUUACACAUCGAUUACAAAUCAGUAUUCUCCUAUCUUUAAACAAUUUAACCAUCACAAGUACUGUAAACUGCUAAAGUUUACUGUACUUACAACCAGUUAUAUUCUAAUAUAUUCAUUGCUGUACUAAAUUUUGAUGGCACAUACAGAAGAAAUAAAUGUAAUUAAAAUUAUAAAGCAUACUGUUUGGCUGUAAUUAUUCUGAAACAAUUCAUGUGAUGUAUGUGUGUGAUGCACACUGACAUCGUACUGGUACUUGCAUACUCUGUUCCUAUAACCAAGUGAUGUUAAGGUCACUUUAAAUUAAAUAAUCAUUCAGGAUCAUGUGCAGUCCUGGAAGGGCUACAUACUGGCACCAACUCCAGUGAAUAUUUAAAUAAUUUGUUGAUUUGUUUUAAGUUAGUCUUAUGGUACUUUUAAGUCCAAGUUAUUAGUUCUUAGGCAUCAUUGUAGGAAUAAAAUAACUUUAUAUAUUGAGCCCUAAUUAGUAUAAAUUGCAUAACUUUACUCCUUCAAGUAAUGGUUCAUACAAUAAGAGGAAGUUUAUUAGAAAAGUACAAAAACCAUUAGCCUUAUCGGUGUUAAAUGUGGAUCUUUUGCCAGAUAUUGUGAGACAUAUUUGAUGAAUUUUAUGAAGGUAUCUUAUUUAUGUACAGAAGUGUUAGUGUUCUUGCUAUAAACACACACAUGUAUGGUACAUACACUUAUUUGGUCCACAGAUACUGUAACAUGUGCUCAUCAUUUUUAUUUUCCUCAAAUCAGAUGUACAUAUACUGUACGUAUCGGGUAAAUAUGGUUUCCCAUGCAGUUGCAUAACUAGUUUGAUAUUUACUGGAAGUCCUGAUGCACAGGAUGAUAUAAAGCAAUACAAAUA